AAGAAAAUCACAUGCUACGUCAUGCCUCGAUCAAAGCCAGCAGCUAUGUGUUCUUUCGCUUUUGUAGCCUUUUCACUCUCGGUCGCUUUGCAUUUCGCUAGUAGUUCCAAAGCCCCACAUAUAGUCCUAGUUGUAAUCGAUGAUUUAGGAUGGAGCGAUGUCGGAUUUCAAGGUUCUGUUAUUCAUACUCCAAAUAUCAACAGGCUCGCGACUGAAGGAGUGAUCCUGGAAAACUACUACGUUCAGCCGUUGUGUACGCCAACACGAAGUACCCUCAUGACAGGAAGGUAUCCCAUACACACAGGUUUACAGCACUUUGUGAUUGAACCUCCUGAACCUUAUGGAAUGCCGCUGAACUUAACAACCCUGCCGCAGAAGUUAAAAGAGGCUGGAUACGCCACUCAUAUGGUUGGUAAAUGGCAUCUUGGCUUCUUUGAAUGGAAAUACACUCCGACUUACCGGGGGUUCGACUCGCAUUACGGGUUUUACACGGGAUGUGGGGAUCAUUACAAACAUGAACGCCUCGGAAUUCUAGAUCUUCGGGAUAAUACCUCCCCAGUGCGGGAUAUGAACGGGACAUACUCCGCAAACCUUUUCACAAAGCAAGCACAGAAAGUCAUAGAGAAGCACGACUCCUCAAGACCUCUCUUCCUCUACCUGCCAUUCCAAAAUGUUCACUUUCCUGUCCAAGCACCGCAACGAUACAUUGACAAAUAUGGCUUCAUUAACGAUACAACGAGGAAGACGUAUGCCGCCAUGUUGGACAUUGUAGAUGAGGCUAUUGGCAACGUGACAAAUAGUUUAGAAAAAGCGGGUCUUUGGGAAAACACGUUAUUGAUCUUCACAACCGAUAAUGGAGGACUUCCAGGCUCUGGUGGAUACAACUGGCCACUGCGCGGUCAGAAGAAAACUCUCUGGGAGGGAGGGGUGAGAGGGGUAGCUUUUGUCCAUGGAAAGAUGUUACAACGAAAAGGUGUUAAAAGCAGAGAAUUGCUUCACUCAACAGACUGGUAUCCUACACUAGUCAAACUCGCAGGAGGCAAACCUGAUACCUCUUCGGUUCCCGUGGAUGGUUUUGACGUCUGGGACACAAUUUCUAUUGGAAAACCAUCUCCAAGAACUGAGAUUCUUCUGAACAUUGACUUGGCACCAGAAGAGCAACUUUAUAAUGAGAUGGAGUAGAUGACCCACUGUACCAGGGCGCGGCAAUUCGUGUGGGCGACAUGAAGUUACUGAUGUCAUGUUCUAAUUCAACAUGGUUCAAA